AUGAAGACUUUAUAUGGUUUGUAUCUAUUGUUUGUCUGUGUUGUUGCUAGGCAACCAAAUAUUCUGUUUAUUGUAGCCGAUGAUUUAGGAUGGAACGACAUUGGUUUUAGAAAUCCAGAUAUGAUAACACCAAAUAUGGACAAAUUGGCCAAUCAAGGUGUUAUAUUUGAAUCGGCCUACGUUUUACCAGUAUGCAGCCCAUCACGAGCAGCUUUUAUGUCUGGUAUAUACCCGUUUAAAUCAGGACUACAACAUGUGGUCAUACAACCGAAACAGAAUGUCUGUCUGCCUUUAGAUAUAAAAACUCUACCCCAACAUAUGAAACAAUUUUUCUUCGCUGAUAGAGCUCAACAAAUCAUCAGAAAACAUGAUAAAGAAAAACCACUCUUUAUGUAUUUAGCUUUUCAAAAUCCACACGGACCCGUAGAGGUACCCAAAAAGUACUCGGACAUGUAUCCACAUGUAAUGAAUCUAGGAAGAAAGAUCUUAUCAGGUAUGGUGUCUAUAUUAGAUGAAGCUAUUGGUAAUAUAACACAGACAUUGAUAGACGAGGGAAUGUAUAAUGAUACUCUAAUACUAUUAACUGCUGACAAUGGCGCUGAACCUAUCAAUUACGGUAACAAUUAUCCCUUACGAGGAAGUAAACAUAGUUUGUGGGAAGGAGGAACACGUGUUACGUCAUUUAUGGCGGGAGUUGGUUUACAACAAACAGGUAUCAAAUAUACAGGAUUGAUCCACGGUGUGGAUUGGAUGCCUACUUUAUUAGGAGCAGCUGGAGCACCUCAAGUUGCAGGCAUUGAUGGAAUCAAUCACUGGGAUUCUAUAAGACAGAAUCUAGCAUCUGGAAGAAGAGAAUUUAUUUAUAAUUUAGAUGAUUUUUAUAUUCCAACACAAGGUCAUGCUGCUAUCAGAGUUGGUGAUUGGAAGUUAAUAUUGGGUUAUCCUGGGACAUUUGAUGGCUGGUAUAAACCAAUGAAUGAAACGGAAGAUACGCCAUUUUACGAGAUGACUUGGGCGUCUGGUGAUAAACCUGCGAGGUUAUUUAAUAUCGCUGAUGAUCCUUAUGAAUAUUAUGACGUAGCUGACCAGAAUCCUGAUAUCGUAGCCAAUCUAACAGACAAAAUAAAUCAAUACAGGAAAUCCAUGGUUCCUGCCAUGUAUCCGGCAGAUGAUCCACAAGCAGAUACCAUUGCUAAACAAAAUGGCGAUUCGUGGACUUCCGGUUGGUGUUGA